AUGAUUAUAACCUCAAAAAGUAGGAAUCCAGUCAUUCUGGUUAAUGGCGAGGAUAAUGGAGAGGACAUUGUUAGUAAUGUUGAGCAGAAGCAUCAACAACAACAACAACUCCAACUCCAACAACAACAAUUAUUACAACAACAACAACAAUUACAAUUACAACAACAACAAUUACAACUACAACAACAACAACAAUCAGAAUGUGAAUCACUACCUUUCCAAAUCAUCCGAACUAUAUUUGACCACUACUUUGUUCAAUAUGUACAUUACUGCUCAUUCCACGUUGGCAGAGCCAAUGACCGCUUCCUUUACGUGCGAUUGGCUCCCAUUGCCAUGCUGUCCCGUCGCUACUUUGACCUCGUGAGUCAUCGCUACGUGGUCAGAUUCGUCGAGAACAUCAAGUACUCGUCCGAGAUGGACAUGCCAUUGCGCGACUACAUCCAGCAUCUCUCCAACAAGUUCUGCUUCAUCAAGAGCAUCAGCUCGCUGGAGUGCUCACUCAACACAUUCGAUCAGCUGAUCGCUCACGAUGACUACUGCACCGUCUUUCGUAGCCAGCUCCUAUCGCUCACAUUGUCACCGCAUCAAGUGGACAACAAAUACGUUCAAGCCGAUCAGUGGACGACCAGCACCCUGCUACGCAUGGCCACCUUCCAGGCGCUGCAGUCGGUCGAGCUGAAGCACGUUAGAUUCAGUCGCGAGCUCUUUGAAACACUGUUGUCACUCAAGUUGACCACGCUCUCUAUUGGAUCCGUGCAGCUCGUCGACCGAAUGACCAGCUUCGAGAGCGAUCUAUUCUUUGACUACUUGAAGCGCGAGCAAGGCUAUCUUCACACACUGGACUUGGCCGACUGCAUUCGCCUUGGCGAUGAGUUCAUCGAGCUCAUCAGUAACAAGCCCACGAUCACUACACUCACUAUCCCGCGCAUUAAGAAGGUAGUCAAGAUUGGCCAUGAGCUCAAGAGCAUCAGAUUGAGCUCCUGUCGCAACAAAUUCCUUCAACUCAACAUCGAGUCCAACAUCCAAUCACUCACGAUCCCCUCGAUCAACGCCAAACACAUCGACACUCUCACCGACUUUAUCAAGUACUCGAUCACUCUGACCUCGCUCAACGUCUACCUCUGCUAUCCAGAGAAGCACGAGCUGAGCAAGAACUGUGUGGAGAUCUUCUUUAAUGCGUUUGAGCGAUUGUUCACGGCGAUCAACGAGAGCAAGAAUUGUGACCAGAUGGUGUUCCUCUUUAGCGCCUAUCCCAAGUUCCUGCAGCCCCAGCUGGAGCGUCUGUUUGGCAUGCUGCUUCGCAUCCAGGCACGUUGCAACACCGUGAUCAUAGAGUACGACACCAAUCGAACUGACUAUGAUCAAUUGCUACAAGACCUAUCAAAGGUUGACUAUGGCCAGUAUCAAUAUUGUGGUGUUACCGAGUCCAAACGACAUCUAUACAAGUUCAACACAUUCCCAAAUCAACAACAGAGUGAUGACGUUGUUACUCAACAACAACAACAUUCAAUCAAUCAAUAA